UCUGUGGGAGGUCCAGCAGCUGUUGCUGGUUAGUCUAGUCCCCGCCCCUGUCGGCACUGUGGGCUAAGCGUGUGUGGAAGAUCGGAUGCGUUUGGACUCAGAGAAACUCUGUCCAGUGGACCGGCACACAGCACCCAGUGAGGACAGUGCUGACCCCCCACCCAUGCCCCCCCUCCAGCAGCGUUGCCAUGACAGCAGACGGUGUGAGGUCACGGCUGGGCAUGUCCUUCCUGGGCAUUUGUGGGAUGCUUCUUCUCUACAUCCUGUUUUUCAGCCUGGAGGACCAGAGACCUGGCCACACCCCCCAGCCCCGCCCACUUUCCCAAGGCCACCCCCCCCAGCCCCACCCACCCACUGUCAGCUUUGGGGGAACCCUAAAGCCCCCGACCCCAGACCUCCCCAAACCCCCACCCCCACCCAGUGAGCCCCCAUUCAUCGGGGAUCACUAUGCUCAAGAUGACCUGGAGCCCCUUUCUAACUGCUCGACAGGGAUUUGGCAGAGGAUCAUGGGUACGGUGUUUGGUGAGCGGUUCCUGCCGCAUGUCCCAGUUCUGCAGUGGCAGGGCCACGUCUCCCCCCUGGAGUACCAGCGUCUCAGACAGUACCCUGGGGCUCACGGCUGGGGAGGGGUGCAGUAUGAGACGCUGGAGGCCUCUCUGGCCGCACUGAACUCCUCGGCCAGCCGGCGGAUGUGUGAUGACUGGGCCACGCGUGGGCGGGGCUCCGCCUGCAUCCGCUGUGCUGUGGUGGGCAACGGCGGGAUCCUGCGAGGGUCACGCAGAGGUCAGGAGAUCGACCAGCACCACUACGUCUUCAGGACUAAUGGUGCUGUGAUUGAAGGCUUUGAGGAGGACGUGGGCUCUCGUACAUCCCUCUACACAUUCUCCACCAACACCAUGCGCAACUCUCUAGUCAGCUAUGCUUCUGUAGGGUACACGGGCCCCCCCAUCUCUGAGGAGACGAGGUAUGUGUUUUUGCCCGAUCAUGACCGUGACUACCUGCUGCUCAGGGCUGCAGUGACUCACCAGCCUGUGGACAGAGGCCCGGAGCGCAGCAAGAGACCACCCACUUAUUUUGGGGAACAUGUGACAGCUCAGAAAUUCAAAAUGUACCACCCAGACUUCAUCAGGUACCUGAGGAACAGGUUUCUGCGAUCCUCAGUUCUGAAGACCCAGUACAGAGAUAUAUACCGCCCAUCAACUGGAGCUGUCAUGCUAUUGGCUGCCCUGCACACAUGUGACCAGGUCAGUGCUUAUGGCUUUAUGACACCGGACUACAGGAAGUAUUCAGACCAUUACUAUGACAACCAGUUCCGGCCUGUGGGGUUCUUCAUCAACCAUGACCUGCGCCUGGAGAUGUCGCUAUGGCAACAGCUGCACCAGGCUGGCCUCAUCCGCCUGUACAUGCGCCCGUGAGGCUGCCGCUAUGUCGCCAUGGAAACGACCCCCGCCUCCCGCCCCCCCCCCAAACCUUCUCCUUUUUUAUUCCGAAUAUUUCACCUUACACUACUGUAUGUCUAUUUUUGUAUUUUUAUGAGCUGGCUCUAGCAAUAAGAAGAGGUGAUUAUUUGCACUGUAAACAAACCCCCCCAACCUGACAUUACCAGCACACUGCACGUGGAAACACUCUGGAAGAACGGACCUCAUUCUGAGCACUUUCUGCAUCUUGCACUUCCUGUAUUGCCAGAAAUCUGCCACAUUCCAAACAAUGAAACUACUUUUCCCAGCAUGCCACAGCAUUGACUCAUAUGGCAGUACCUGGGAGAGAGUGUAGUUCACCUCAUACUGUAUAUGUGCAUACUACUGCGUAUUCAGAUCUGUGCACACGAUGGUUAUUAUGUCAUUAAUAUCGUGGCAUGAGUCACUGAUGCCUGAGUGGGAGGAGCUGCCUUGCACCAGUCACAGGAACUUCCUGUCUACAGCUGACUGUGCAGAUCAGUGAUGCACACACCCAUUUUUGUGGUCUGUCUCUUUUCCAUAUGUGCCCCGAAGGAACACGUCUGCAAAUGGGUGUUGUUUCUGAAAAGAUCCCCUGAUGUUCUGUUCUGUCACCGUGCAACUAAUGGACAGACAGAUGCUGUGACAGGAGAGAUGGUCAGACACACACACACUCACACACACACACACACACACUCACGCACACACACACACACACACUCACACACACACACACACACACACUCACGCACACACACACACACUCACACACACACACACUCACGCACACACACACACUCACACACACACACUCAUGCACGCACGCACGCACGCACACACGCACGCACACACAUACACACACACACACAUACACACACACACAGACACACACAGACAGACACACACACACACAUACACUCACCCACACACACACACACACACACACACACACUCACACACACACACACUCACGCACACACACACACACUCACACACACACACUCAUGCACGCACGCACACACGCACGCACACACACAUACACAUACACACACACACACAUACACACACACACACACAUACACUCACCCACACUCACACACACACUCACACACACCCACACACAGGUUGUGUCUCUGGGAUUGGAAUGGUUUGCUUGCAGUCUCCUGUGUAUAGAGACCACUUGCCUAAUUUUUUGACGAAAAAAAAAGCUUUAUUGUUUGUAUAAACUAAACAAGUUAAAUUUUCAGAACAACAUUUAAAUUCAACGGGAGUCACUCCUUGCAGUGCUGCUGGGGGUGGGAUUUCUAAUGCCAAAUAUUUAACAACACAACUGAUAAACAGGAGGAAAAAUCUUUUGUGAAUGUGAUUGUAACUGUAGAGUCCUUGUGAUUGUGUUGCCCAAUCUCUAGCUGUCGUGGCUGGGUAUUUUAUAACAUGCACAGUGCACACAUUCAGAGAGAACAUUCUGUGGAACUCCCCAUAUGGACAAAGGGGUGUGGCUCCAAUGUUAUUUGUGGGUGUGGCUUCCUCAGUGCCUUGUCUGUGUGAAGUGCAUUACAAGAUGUUCUUUGUAGAACUUGCAAUAUGAAUAAAAUUCAAUUUGAUUUGA